GAGAAUAGACCAACCAUGUUAGAGUACAAACCAGACCUUACAGAGAACAAAUCUAAUGCCCCUAAUACACAAACUCUCAGCCCACGGAACCCACAGAAUAUCAAACGGGAAGACAAUCCAUUACUUGUACAUCAAACCCAGGCAUCCGGCCCAGUGCAUCGUGACAGAGCUAAGAAGAAGCAGGGCAGAAAGACAAAGAGGACUGAGGAAGAAUUAGGGAGCAAUGGCAUAACCAGAGGAAGAGACUUCUAUGAGGAAUGUGUCGAAAUGAGCUCUAGCCUAGAAACAAUCCCAAACAAGAAAAUCUGGUUCAAAGUACACAAGCAGGAGAGACUAGCCGUACAGGAGCGUAUUUCACACGGCCACAGUGCUGGUGGCGGCUCUACCUCUGAGCUGGAGCUGAGUGAGGAGAGUGAUAGCGGGCUGAACGACCCUGAUAAAGGAAUGGGUCCUAAUAAGUCAACUGAAAGGACAGAAGAAAUCAGUAAAGAAGAAGACCUACAAAAACAGAUAGAGUCGUAUAGUAGAAAUGUACCCGUGAAAUGA